GCACCAGUCGAUAGCAAGACGUCGUCGUGCGCUGUUGUAUACUGGCAUUCAGAGCGUCAUCAACGAUUUAAAGUAAAGCUUUCAUUGUUGUAUUCAGAGCGUCAUCAACGAUUUAAAGUAAAGCUUUUAUUGUUGCAUUCAGAGCGUCAUCAACGGUUUAAAGUAAAGCUUUCAUUGUCAAGAUAUCUCAAGUAACCAGAAUGUCACGGAGAACGGACCAGCCAACAGAUCGGGGAUCUGAUUUCCUCGAACAAGACGUCCGUGGACAGAAAUGGCCACGUGACCGCUUGCCCCCGAGACGGAGACAGUAUGAUCAGUUCCAAGAAUUUAAUUCUGAAACAAAAGACAACAAAGUCAGUGUGUUGGAGAGACUGCCAAUAGAAUACUACCAACUCAGUAAGACCAGUCGGGACAAAAUUCUGACACACCGCCAGGAAACAAAGAGAAAGAGCAAGAUUGGUGGACACCCUAGAGAAGGGGAAUGCAACAGGCUGGGCUGGUUCAGGGACUUGCCAGCUGAUCUAACGGAAGACCGUCCACUUGUGUCCCAGGCACAUAAGGCAACAAAAUACCUGAGUGGGUAUCAGGCUCGCCUGAAGAGAGAGCUGGGGGAACAGAGGCAAACCGUAGAACUAGAGAGGAAGAAAGAGGAAGAGCUGAGAAAGCUUCAGUUAGUUCCCAAGAGAGUUGGCAGGCAACAGAAGGCGGUGUCUCCAGACAUCAAACAUCUUAGGAAGGAGAUGGUGGUCAAGUCGAAGAAUACACCCAUAAUCAUUCCCUCUGCUGAACCUCCGACAAAGAACCAUAAGACCUUGAAAACGGUUAAGAAACCUACACCCAUCACACUUCCAGUGAUUUCCACAGGGUCAGGCAUUUCCAACGGUGAACCUGUCUGGGCAAUGGCUGCAACUGGGGUUGAGAUAAAACAGAGUAGAAGACGACUCAGGUCCAAGGUAGUUCUCCCUCCAAUAGAGAGUAAGACCUCAAGACAAAGAAGGGAUUAGCUGAAACAAAACAUGGGCUAUGUACUGGGUUCUUCCUAAUGAGGAGAGCCGGUCUGUGAUAGUCCCUCUGCGUGCUGUCUCUAUGCACGAUGUGGGCAUAUCAGCCACCUCACUACAGAUGCUACAAACAAUCACUGCAGUAUUAUAACCAUUAUUUAUUGUAUAUAUUGCCUCUCAGAUCAUUUGUAACUUUCUUGUUUUCGAAAUAAAAAAUCUCAA